UCAUGUCAUGCCGAAAUACAUUAGCAGAAUCGCUCAAUCUAUAACUCAACGCAUACCAAGCAAGGGCAACGAUCUCGCUGAUGAAUCGAAGACAACGCUCACUCGUAUAUACGCAGUCAUGGCUGAUGCCUCAUGGAACUCGGCUCUCUCUGAUAAUACCAAACCAUUAUCUAGCCUACAAGAUCAGGAUAUGAGUGACGCAAGACAGUUGCCAGACGCAUCAAUUGACGUCCAAGCUAGACAACCUCACAUGCAACCUCACAUGCAAUCUCACGUACAGCCCCAGUUACAACCUCAGUUACAACCUCAGUUACAACCUCAGACUGAUCAAAAGAACAAGCAUUUUAGCGCUCAAAUGACUGCAAAGCAGGAUGUUCGUCCAGAUUACAACAAUAUUUAUCAUCGAAACUCUAUCACGCCAAUACAGCUACCCCCGUCCGUUGAAGAAUCUACAUCACAGAGGCAAAAGCAAACCGACAGCGACGACGCAGACUCGGCAGACGAUGCCGCUGAUCUUCUUAGAUAUUCGCUUGGAGAACAAAACGCAAUGUUAAGCAAGAAAAUAAAAAAAUUGAAGGAUAGACGAAUAAAGGAUAAAGGAGAGAAGGCGAAAUUGAAGGAGAAGCUUCAACAGUUGCUAAGCGAUUUGGACAAGAACAGAUUCGAUGUUAGUAACGAGGAUGUAGACCGAAUGAAACAACAAUUUGAGAAGGAAAGACAGAGAUUACAUAAUAGAAUCAAUGAAGCAGAUCUCGAGGCCCGUGAACUGAACAAAGAGAUUAGGAGGCUUAAAGAGGAAGCCUCAGCAUACCAAUCUGCACUGGGAAUAGCCACAAAUGUUAGAUGGGGCGACGAAGAUUCAAAUAACUCUGUUCAACUCACUCAAUCGAUCAGCGAUCUCCAACAUACUCUUGGUGAUUUCGCAAAGGCAAAAGGUUCCGGUGUGAAACUCAAUGAAGCCGCUUGCAAUGAACUAUUAGAGAAAUACAAUUGUAAAGCUAGAAUGUCAGAUAAAAGACCCAAGCUUGUUGUUGGAGCCGCUUUGCAACGAUUGGUUCUAGAGACGAUAUUUAAUAGUAUAGAGGAUUAUUUUAAAGGCCAAGAUGAUCCAAUAGAUGAGUCGGCAGAAGGGUCAAAUGAUGGUCACGUGGAAAUUACACUGUCGACAGACAACAACGCUCUGGAGAUCAAUCUUCUAAAGACGUCUCGACAAUUGAUUCGACUAGUGCAAGAGUUCUCGUCAACUAGAGAAGGUGAAGAUCAACAAACUACGAUAGCUCCGACCAAAUUACGACAACAGAUAUACGCUGUUCUUGGUUGCAGAGCAUUUGUCAAGCCCGACCAUCCAUUCGUCGUCUCACUUACAGACAAAAUUGUCGAGACUUUAUCACAAUAUCGCACCGUUCCUGAUGAUCCUCAAAAGCAGGCUGACCUACGUAGUGAUGCGACAGAGCUCGUAAUUAAGGCCGUUCACAUGUACUUUAGACUCCAUACUCAAGAACCAAUCCCACAGUUUAAAAAAUUCUUUGAGGCAGGAGAAAAGAUUGUAGUUAGCACAAUGUCAGGCCCGUGGGAUGAAGAAAAUAUAGAAGAGUUGGAGGUGGAAAUUUGUAGUUUCCCUAUGGUUGGACACCAGGAUAACAAGAGAGUUUUGACUAAGGCUCUAGUAUUACCUAGACAGUAA